AUGUCCGAAUUAGUUCAAGAGGGAAAUAUCUUUAUUCUCUACAUUCCAAUAUCAUUCUUAAUUCCAAAAGUUGAAGAAAUUCAUAGAUUGCUUGAUAUUGUAGAGAGGCAUGAAGGGCCAACAGCUUUAAUUAUUACUUCAAAACACCCUAAAAUAUUUUCUGCAGGAAUGGACCUUAAAUAUAUGCAAAAGCUCGGAGCAGGUCAUGGGCUUCCAAUAUUUGCUGCACUAAUGGGACUUUAUGGAAGACUUUUAUCUUUUAAAGUGCCUACAAUAGCAGCUCUUAAUGGACACACAAUUGCAGGGGGUUUGAUGCUUUCCCUUUCUUUAGAUUAUCGAAUAAUGGCAAAAGGCAAAUUUACUAUGAAAAUGUCAGAAUUAUCCCUAGGAUUAGUCUUACCAAGGGGUGGUGCGACUUUAUUAUCAACAAAGCUCGGCCCUGCCACAUAUCGAGAUCUUGUGCUAAAAUGUAAAACAUUUUCAGCUGAAGAGGCUUUAGCAAAAAAUAUUAUCGAUGAGCUAGUUGAGCCUCAGGAUUUAAUGAAACGAGCUAGAGAGCUAGCAAAUGAGUUAUCAAGUCUAGGAGAUAAAAAGGAUGUUUAUGAAUGCGUUAAAAAAAGCAUUUAUUAUGAUGCAAUUGAAAUAACUUCAAAAGCAGAAAUAAGAGACAUUGAAUGGAAAACCAUGGGUAUGGAAGUUCCUAACUCCCAUCUUUAAAUUGGAAUAAAAUAUAUGUAAAAUUUCCAUUUUUUGGUACUUUAAGAAAGUUUAAUUGGAACAAUUUUAUAGGCAAAAAUAUUAAUUUUUAUAAAAUUAGAUUGGCCUAAUUUAAUAGAAAAAAGUGCAAGUCAAGUAUUAUUUAACGCUGUAUCAUUAAAUCUUUUGAAUAAUUAAUCAUAAAAUAAAUUAAAAUUCAUAAUACUGCUUUCAUCUAUUUUAAAAAUUUUUAAAAAAAAUUAAAACUCUUUUAAUUGGAACUAUUUUUUUUUAAUUUUUACAGGGGUAGUAAACUUUAA